UAUCUCUUGACGCUUAGUAGAAAAUAUACUCAACGAUCUAUGAACUGCCCAUUGUGCUGUUUUGCUUAUACAUCGCCUUUGUUCCUUAUGAAGUUUGGUGAAGCGUUCUCGAACAGGACGUUUUCACCUUUAGUCCAAACAUUGUACGACUAUGACCUUUCCCUAUCUUUAAGUAGAAGGACUCUCUUCCGUCGCAAUACAAAUUGAAUUUGACAUUAUAAUCACCGCCAUAACUCAAGCACAUCUACUAACAGAAGGCGAGCGGUUGGCUCCUGCCCUCAUAGCUCCUACUUACCACAUCCUCGUAGAAUCCAGCUUACCCACCAAGGUAUGCGCAAUGGACAGUGACCAAGGGCAGCCCCCACGUCGAAAGCAUCGCUCCCCAAGAGUUGCAAUCUCUGACUGGGUUGACGAUCUUGUCACGAUCCCAUCCCUGUGGGGCGUAGAACUGCAACGAAUCUGGGAAGAACAUGCAAAAAGAAUUCAAGAUGACGCCAAGCAAAUGGGAGGGCGAGUGCCUGGUCAGAAAGAAGCGUAUGCUAUGGCUCAUCUGAUCACGCUUGCACACAGCAUCAUUGAUGUCUGUGUCUCAAAAGAGGUGUUUCAAGUCCAAUAUGAGAAGAACUUUGACAUUGUUUCUAAACAAACAACUACAGGCGUCGAAGCUUCGCUCUAUGUAAAGGGGGAAGAACAUGCUGUCGCACAAGGUACCGGAGAACACCAUUUCGAGGCCUUGUGGGCACUUCGAGAGGAGGUGGGAAUCAAAGAGUCAAUCCGACGCAUAGGAAUCUAGAGAAAAGGCGAGCAAGAAACCCUCCAGGACACAAGAAAGAGGGAAAGAUGCGGAAACACAAAGAGAAUACAAACAAGGUUGGGGG